UCAGUGGUCUCGUUGCAACCACAUAAGGCGCGCUCUCUGCACUGUCAGCCGUUACACGAGGAGAACGGAGUGGACCUUAGCGAGUGCAGCGCCCACAGCCUACAGAAGAAUUCAAGUCAGCCCGAGAUGCUGCCCGGCCUGCUGUUAGCCGCGCUGCUGGUGCUGAUGGCGGCACCGGCACUGGCGACUCCUAUCAUGGGAUACUCGUACGCCCAUAGACCGCGCUACGCAGACUCGCACAACUACAAGGUGGUGUGCUACUACGGCUCGUGGGCCGUGUACCGGCCGGGCGCCGGCAAGUUCAACGUGGAGGACAUCGACCCGUUCAUCUGCACCCACAUCGUGUACGGUUUCGCGGGCCUGGGCAGCGACCACAAGAUCCGCAGCCUGGAUUCCUGGAACGACCUCGCGGAUAAUUACGGCAAAGGCGCCUUCAAGCGGUUCACGGCGCUGAAGAAGCAAAAUCCGAAGCUGAAGGCCCUCAUCGCCAUCGGCGGCUGGAACGAGGGCUCGGUCAAGUACUCGGCCAUGGCCCAGCAACCGGCGGCGCGCAAGGUGUUCGCAGAGAGCGUGGUGGACUUCUGCAAGAAGUACAACUUCGACGGCCUCGACAUGGACUGGGAGUACCCGGCCGCCAGGGGCGGGAAGCCGGAGGACAAGGUCAACUUCGUCGCGCUCCUCAGGGAGCUCAGCCAGGAGUUCAAGCCGUACGGUCUGUUGCUGACCGCUGCCGUCUCCGCAGGGAAGCACUUCAUGGAUCCUGCAUACGAUAUCCCUCAAGUGUCCAAGUACCUGGACUUCAUCAACGUGAUGGCGUACGACUACCACGGUGGCUGGGAGACCAAGGUGGGUCACCACGCACCGUUGUACUCCAGGCCUGAGGAGAAGCCCGAGGACCACAUACUCAACGUGAACUUCUCGGUGAACUACUGGAUCCAGAAGGGCGCGCCCCGCGACAAGCUGGUGCUGGGUAUGGGCCUGUAUGGCCGGUCGUUCACCCUUCGCCGUGCCGAGAACCACAAUCCCGGUGACGAGGCGCCACAGAAGGGCCGCGCGGGACCUUACACACGGGAGCCUGGAUCGCUCGGGUACAACGAGAUCUGCGAAAGCUUCAUCCGUGGGAAGUGGACGGUGGUGAAGGACCCGUUCUUCAUGGCACCGUACGCGUUCCAGGAACGCCAGUGGGUCGGCUACGACGACAUGGAGAGCAUCACAGCCAAGGUGGAGUUUGCCAAGGCGAUGGGCCUUGCUGGAGGCAUGGUGUGGUCUAUCGAGACGGACGACUUCCACGGCAAGUGUCAUGGCAUCAAGUUUCCCAUGCUGAGCACCAUCAACCAGGUGUUCGCCAUGGGCGGACCGGGAAUCAUAGCGACGCCUCCACCCACACCGUCCACUCCUGCCACCGUGCCUACGCCGUCCACAGAGAAGACGUGGUGGCCUCGACCCAGCACUCAGCCAGGAGGUGUCCGAUCCACGACCGAAGCGACCCCUAAGGUAACCAGGCCCGAGAGCACCACGCCCAGCAGCCGUCCGUCACCGUCGACCGUCCGGGUCUGGUGGCCUCCCAGUGUCUCACCGGUGACGCGCGGCAAACCGACAACGUCGAGCACCACCACGACUACGACGACGACCACGACCAUGACUCCCGCGCCGCCACCGACGCCUUCCCAAGGGGGAUCUUCCGGGUUCAAGUGCCCGUCAGCCGGCAGCCUGCCUCACCCCACCGACUGCCAGCGUUUCUACGACUGCGUCCACCAGGGUGGUCAGCUGGUGGCUUUCGAGAAGACCUGUGCUGCGGGAACGGUCUUCAGCCCGAAGAACAAGCUCUGCGUGUGGCCGGAAUCAGUGCCGGGAUGCAGCGGCUACUACGACAACGAAGCCUACCAAGAGCUCCCGCAAAAAACUGAAACCUACUAGAUAUCACCGUAGUCCUCAUCUCCCGGAGUUGCCUCCCCCCCCCCCCCCUGCUCUUGAUUAACGACACUGGACAGAAGAUUGUGCUCAACGAAGGAAGUCAAGUGAACAGUCUUCUUUCUCAAGCCUCAGGCAACCCUGAAAGAAGACGUCUUGCAAACAUGGGGCGCCCGUCUCUUAAGCCUGCCAGUUCGUGAAUACGGCACAGCUGCGUUACAGCGCAGUGUUCGAAAAUUAUGCCGAAAUACGUUCCCCGCUCGAUUGUACCAACAUGGAAAGCAGCGCCGGUGACGGGGCAAAUGAUACGGGCAGGAGAGAUUCGCUGAAUCAUUUGUGUCUUGGAUGGAUGGAUGCCCUGUUUAUACGACUUUCAGAGGUCUCAUACAGCAAAAAUAGCAAAGCUAUACCGCUUUGCGAACCAAGCGCUAUUUAUUUUAUGCCUUACGUAAAAAAAGGAGAGUAAUAUUGCUUAUGUGUUGGUGCACGAAAUAUAAACCGGCCAACGCGACGUGUCACGUCCAUACUUUGCUACCCUUUCCAUAUGUAGCUGCAGCGCUUUUUUUACAUGGAUGAGCACGCAGUGGUCCUUUUCUUCAAUUUGAUGACAGAAGCUCCUGACUCCAUUACAAUUCUGCUGCUUAACAUACGGAAACUAAAUUUCAUAACAUGCUUACGAUCAAAGGGUUAUAUGAGCUCCAUUGAACAACCUCCUCGGAUCCAAAUAAAAUUAAUCAAUAGAUAAUUCGAAGCUUUCAUAUACAACUAACAAUCUUCACUCGCGUUCGAGUUUGGUAAAUGGAAGAUUGUACAGUUCCUUCACUUCCGACGACCACGGCGUGCAAUGCAGCUAGCUAUUUUUCCUUUGAGAACUAUUAUCAUUGUAUAGCACUAGGCUUCGCCUUACUUCGGCUGCACACAUAUUCACAUCCGCUGUUGCCGGCGCUCACGACACCCGAUGCCUGAAUUCUACAGCCAUGUUUUCAUCAAUAAUUUAUGAAAUGCCAUCAGAAUCCAUUGCGAAUCAACCGAGUGCAUUGUAUUGUGUGUUUCAAUGUUGUUUAUACCGGUGAUGAAUAAACGAUACGUACGCUGUUUCAA